AUGACAAGUAGUAACAUGUCAGCUUCACAACCGGAAGAACUGUGCUUCGUUUGUCAGGACAUCUCGACUGGUUAUCACUACGGUGUACCGUCGUGUAAUGGAUGCAAGACGUUCUUCCGACGAACGAUCAUGAAAAAUCAAAAUUUUGUAUGUCAGAACGCAGGGAGGUGUCCCGUCGACAAGAGUAUUCGAUGUGCCUGCCGUCAUUGUCGAUUUGAAAAGUGCGUACAGGUUGGAAUGGACAGGAAUGCUAUCCAACAAAAUCGUGAUCCCAUCGGCUACACGAAACGAACACGACGGUAUCCACGAAUUAGACGGCUAGAAAGCUCCGAAGAAUGUCUUCCAAAGCGCGAAGUUCUGGUGAGUUUCCGUAAUUUUUUGUAUCCUGAUAUUUUUCAGACUUCGAACGACACGACCGAAGACGCAUUUUUGAUGUAUUUGACUCGCAUAGAGCAAUUGGCUCAAAUCUUACGAUUAAGUCAGUUCGCUUCCACCAAUAACCUUAUUGAUGCCGUCAGUGCACCGUGUCUUCUAUUCGAUGAAGAAUUCAUGGCGAGUAACUCACAGGUGGCACCACAACAUACAUUUACCAAACUCACCUAUGCUACACAAUCGGAUUACCAGUAUUGGCACGAGCGCGAUUGGUUUGUGAUGAUUGAGUGGGCAAAAGCAAUUCCAACGUAUGAGCAACUGGCAGUAGUUAACAAAUUAGCAAUUUUGCGCCACUCGGCAAUCACCUAUCCGAGUCUUAUUCACACGUUUUUUUCACCCGACCAUGGUCCCGACACGAUCGUCUUUCCAAACGGAGCGUUUUUUGAUAGAACUAUCGAGCCAUCAAGACCAGUAGGUUUCAACCGGAAGAAGUACCAAAUGCUCGAUCAGUUGUUGAAACCGAUGCGUGAAAUGCGGAUCGACACCAGCGAAUUCGCUGCCUUCAAAACCAUUUUCUUCCUUAAUCCAGGCAGCGUAUUUCUUUAUUUACACAUUUACAACGCCUAUACAGAUAGAGACAAUUUUCUUCGCAUCUAUGCUGAUGACGUGGAUGAAUCUUCAAGACUGAUACUAAGCAAAGGACGAAGCUCGGUUACAAAUGCGCUGUAUCGUUAUAUGUUACGAAAGCGAGAUGCCGAAGAAGCUGGAGACAGAUUCGGCCGCCUCCUACUACUUGGUACGGUGCUGGCAACCAUAGCGGUAGAAAUGAAAGAAGCAGUGCUGAUGGCGGACUUCUUUGAUCAAAUUACAUUUAGCACGUUCGCUAAGCAGUUACUAUUCGGCAUAAAGAGCGAAUAA